AUGUCGACGCUAUACAAUCUCGAACCUCCGCCGACAGCCAAGGUUCUGCUCAACACGACCUCCGGCGACCUCGUCGUUGAGAUCUUCGCCAAGCAGGUCCCUCUCGCAUCUCGCAACUUUCUCCAACACUGUCUGAACGGCUACUACGAUGGCACAAUCUUCCACCGCUUGGUCCCUGGCUUCAUCAUCCAGGGCGGUGAUCCUACUGGUACUGGCUCGGGUGGUGUAAGCGCUAUCAACAAUGGUGCUCCCUUCGCCGAUGAGUUCCACUCGCGACUCAAGUACAACCGCCGUGGUCUGCUGGGUAUGGCAAACUCUGGAGACAAGAACGACAAUACCUCGCAGUUCUUCUUUACUCUGGACAAGACCCCCGAGCUGCAAGAAAAGAACACCAUGUUUGGUCGUAUCGAGGGAGACACCAUCUACAACCUGAUGAAGAUGGCCGAGGCCGAUCUGGCUGGCGACGACUCGGACAGACCGCUAUACCCUACAAGAAUUCUUUCUACCGAGGUUCUGCUCAACCCUUUCAGCGAUAUGGUCAAGCAAGCUUCCGUUGCCGUAUCUGCAGUACAAGAGACAAAGGCUCCCAAGAAGAAGCGCAAGGCUACAAAGACUCUCUUGAGUUUUGGACGAGACGACGAGGAAGAGCCCGCUGCACCUGUUGUUAAGAAAGUAAAGGUCAACCCAAACUUUACCGCCGCCGAACCACAGCAACCAGAAGCCCAAAGCAAGACCACCGCACCAAGGGCUCCCGAGCCGACGAAACGAGAGAAGCCUGCACCCAUAGAACCUCCAGCAAGAUCGCCAUCACCUCCUCCACCAGCACCAGUCACCUCAAAAAAGCCCGUACCCGUAGACUCUCCUUCGCCAUCUCCCACGCCCUCACCAGAACGCCGCAAACCCACCGCUCUCGAACGUACAAACGCCGAAAUCGCCCAACUAAAAGCCUCAAUGCGACGCACAACCACAACAACCUCAGCACCCGAGAAGAAGCUCUCAGCCCUCGAAUCCAUGAUCCCAGCCUCGGCAACCCGCGGCCGCAAACGCGGAAAAGCAAAAGACGAUGCCUCCUCCCUCUCAACCUUCAACGCCUUCAAGACCCGUCUCGAAAAACUGCCUGCUGAGAAAACGGCACCUACCACAGCUGCUGCCCCAACGAUGCCAGAAGUCAAGGCAGUUUCAACAGAAUCAGCGGUGGAUACAGAAGAAGCACUGUGUGAUUUACAUUUCAUCGCAAAUUGCCAGAGUUGCAGCACAUGGCAUGAUGAAGAUGCGAAUGAGCAAGAAGAGGAUGAUAAUGAUGUUACUUGGAUGUCACAUGCGUUGAGUUUUGCAAAAGAUACCCUGGGCAAGGAUCUGGAAUGGAAGAGGAAGAUGGAGGAGUUUGAAGUUAUUGAUCCGAGGGAGAAGACGAGGGAGAUUGUGGGCGAUAAGGGGAAGAAAUCUGCGCAAGGGAAGGAGUGGGACAGGGACAGGAAGGGUAAGGGUAAGGCGAAGGCUUGA